UUCCUCUUUCUCUCCCGUCGCUAUUCCGUCCGCUACUGUACGUUGACCAGAGACGCCGACCAGGGAUCCGACGCCGUCAACCACUUGUCUAAGGAACCACCGCCGUCGUCUCUCUCUUCUCCUCCAAUUUCCGGUUUGGACGCACCAUUUCCGGAGAAAUGCAGCGGUGAUUUGUGGUUUCAAUCCAAGGUUUCGAUGUCUUCAAUUUUUGAGAAAUUACUUUGUACUAGAAGUAUGAAGAUGAUGCACGCGAUGUGAGAUGUCUCAUGCUAGCUACCAUGACCCUAGAGCUCCAAAGGCUCCUUAAGGACAUGGAAGCUCAUCCUAUACUGUCUCGCUUGAAAGGUCUAUACCAAGACCACGCUAGACAUGAGCGUUUCAAAAUCUCCAAGACUCUGUUUUCCAGUAAGCUGGCAACGGGUAACCUAGUUUGUCCCCACGUUCUUAAGAUGAUCGGUCAGAUCGAAACUCUUGAAAAACUUGACGCCCCGUUGCACCCUAUGCUGGCUACUGAUCUCAUCUUGGGAUCAUUACCAGGUGAGUAUAGCCAAACUCCAGUGAACUUCUACAUGAACAAACUAGAGAUGACUAUGUCUGAGCUACUAAAAUUCCUCACAACUGCUAAGGAGAGUCUAGGGAAGGGCAAGGGUAAGUGUGUCCUGAUGGUAGAGGACAAUACUUUUGCGAAGAAGGGUGGGACACAUUCACCGGUCAGGACCAAGCGCAAGGGUUCUAAGAAACCCAAGCUAGCGUCCAACUCCUCUUCGUUGAAACCCAAAGAAGAAGCUAAGAAGAAGAAUGUAUUGAAUAAUAUCUAAAUAUAUACAAUCCAAGUCUAAAUAACAUCCAAUAAUUUAAUAUUUACAUAAUUAAAAUCACUCUAAAUGUUCAUUAAGCAUGCCUAAUUUAAUUAUUUGUCCCCUCAAUAACAUUUUUGAAUACAUCUCUUGCUCUAGCAACAUUUUCUUGUAAAGCAUCCUCUUUAGUCCUCAAUCUGCAUACCAUUAAAUAAUUAAAAUGAAAGUUUGUUAAUAACAAGAAAGAGUUCAUAACAAAAAUACUUGAAACUUUUUGGAGUUAUUUGCUAACUAAAUAGCUCCAAAGUAGUUCAUAUGCAUCUAUUUAACAAUUGAAGUUCAUAAUUUAGCUUAGAAAUCAAGCAAAGUUGUAGAUUGUUCUAAAUAAAAAAUAAUUCAGUUUUGAUUUUAUUCAAAAUCAACACUUAAAAUUCAAAAAUCAAUAUAUAAACACAAUUUCAUGCUUCUACAUAUGGUCUACAAGCAGGAUGUAUCAAUGAUAGUUCAACUUUCAAGAACAUGAUCACUCCAUAACACAAAAUAACAAAACAAUUAAGCCAAAAAGUUCAGUGCAUAUAAUCUAUGUUAUUAAUAUAAGUAACACCAAGGUUAUUAUAGUUUCUAGAUUCUAAUCAAGUUGCGAGAUAUCAAGUCCACCCAUAUGUACUCCCUCCCCAAGAAACAGGUUUCACAAAAACGCAGUCAAUAUGCUUAGCAAAAGUAUUUCAAAAUUAGGUCCAACUUAUUCCUCCAAGGUAAUGCAUCAAACAGAGGCGGGUGAAAUGUUAAUCUUACCAUAAUCAGCUCCAAAAAACAGCAGUGAAAACAACCCCACACGAUGCCCAAUGCCAAAGUCAAACUUCCAUUACAAAGUUAGCCUAAACUACCAGUGAAUAUUCAAAUUCCAACAGCUUCAUUUGAACCUUUUGGAGGCCAAAACAGCAGCCCCAGCACUGCCAUUUCAGCUCCAUUUCAAGCCCGAAUGCACAACAAAAAUAGCCACUGCAGCAGCACGGGUUGACCUCCAAAAUAAGUAUCAUUCAAACAUCAAAUUGCCACAUUUAGUCAAAUGGUGACAGCCCCAAGGCUUAAUCACACAGUUCCAAUUUGUUUUCAGUAGAAAUAGCAGUUCAUGAUCAGCAAGUCCCUCCUAUAAGCAAGUAAAAGGAUCAACAAAAUACAGUUCAAAAAUACAGUUAAAAUAGUCCAAAAUCAAUUUUGCAGCUCCACAACUCCAGCAAACGUAAAUUCAAGGCAAAAGUAAAGAGUUUGUUUAAUUGACAUUUCAAUAGGAGCAUCAAGAGCAAAUAAACCUAGAAAAUAAACCCAUCACAUAGGUCUUAGUCCAUAAAAUAGCAAUAAUUCGAAGGCCAAGAGACAGUUCCAACUCAUCAAGAACAGCAGUUUAAUUCACAAAAUUAAAUCACAAAGGCAACUAAAAAGAGGUGUUAUUAGAAAAACAUGAAUAAUCUCUCACAAUACCAGCGUAGAAUCCCAAAUAAGUAGGUCAAAAAAAACGAGCAUAAACACAAUCCAAGUUCAAGCUGUGAACAGUAAAUACGAAACACAAAAACCCUCAAAUCGAGAUGAAAUUGAAACAAUAUUGAAAUCCAACUUCAUACCAAAGAAUAUGUAUGCAAAUCGCUCAAAAUACCAGAAGAUUACCCAUCAAAAGUGUCCGGAUCGAAGUGAAUCAAAGGGACAAAAAUUCGAAUGAACAGUGCGAGAAAUAGCGUUGACUUCCAUUUCUUCAAAAAUUCUUCACCAAUAUCAGCAAAAUCACCUCAUGAACGGAUACGCCACCUGAUGGCGCACCCCAGGCUCCAAAGAUCACGCAAAAUGAGCUAAAAUCGAAGGAAGAGGAGUAAGUCUCGUUCCCGUGACACUAUUCAUGGCGAGAACGAGAAACUACAGCUCCUUAUCUGAGUGGCGGCUCAAUGACUUUGGGGUUUUGU